CAGAAACUUUAGCAGGAUCAGCAAUCUCAAUACCUCAACAUGUCUGACUCUGACUUUAUACUCUACGAUCUUCCCAGUAGAGAGCCCUGUCGCAGCUGGUCAGGCAAUGCGUUGAAAGCUCGUACUGUGCUCAACUACAAGAACAUCCUAUUCCGCACAGAAUGGAUCCCAUAUGUUCGUCUGCAAGAGACUCUCGCCGCCACCGGCGUGAAACCCAACCCGCAACCCAACUGGUCUAACUACUCAAUCCCCACUGUCCGCUUUCCUGAUGGAACGGUGGUCAUGGACUCGGAGAAGAUCAUCCCCAAGAUCGAAGAGCUCUACCCUUCGCCAUCUCUCCACCUCGAUCGCACGGAUAUUAUUGAUGCGGUGAAAGCCGCGUCAGGGAAAGUGUUUUACCCAUUAAUGUCUUGGUUCUUUCCAAAAGUCCAGUCGAGGAUCCUUGUCGAGGAGGAUAUUGCUUGGUUUGAGGAAGAUCGUGGAAGAAGAUUUGGGAUGAGUAUGGCUGAUCUGGAGAAGUCGAAGAGUGAGGAGGACUGUUUCGAAGAGGCGAAGCCUGGGCUUGAAAUGAUGGAAAAGCUGCUGACGGAUUUCAAGAAGGAUGAUGGGCCUUGGAUUAUGGGCAAGGAGAUGUGUUUUGGGGACCUUUUGCUUGUGGGAACGGUAAGGAUGAUGGAAAUGUUGGGGAAGGAUGAGAAGGAGAAGUUUCUCAGCAAAGUUAAGGGGCUGAGGGAGUUGUAUGAUGCGGGAAAGAAGUAUGCUCUUACGGAAAAUAGCGAUGAAUAGCACGGCUGGCUCUGGAAGUAUUGCACAUUAGUUUGCGGCCCAGUCACAUCGUAUGGUAGUAAAUGCAC